CAAAAAUAGGGAAACAAUAUCAACCGAAAUUAUAAAAUAAAUUAAAAUUUAAAUCUUUUUUUUCCUCACACCAUUCUGAUGGAACCGGAUGACCUUGGUCUAGGCUCCUACUAUCACCACCACCACCACCCGCAGCCCCAGCCCCCACCGCAACCACAACCGCAACGCCACCCACACCAGCAACCAUCACAACCUCCCACAACCAUCACCAAUGGAAUGCUACAAAACACCAACACCGAUCCCAGACCCUCUCAAAUACUCUAUGCUCAUAAUUCUGCCCCCUCCGCCGUCUCGUCUCCCUUAGAGACCGCCGUCCGGAGGAAGAGAGGGAGACCCAGAAAGUAUGGAACGCCAGAGCAAGCCGCCGCUGCAAAGAGACUAUCCUCCUCGUCUUCUCCGUCCACCUCUGUUCCACCUUUGUCGCCGAGGAAAAAGGACUUAUCUUUGGGUGUCGGCGGCUCCUCCGCUUCUACUUCUUUCAAGAAAUCUUCUCUUGGGAACACCGGGCAAGGUUUUACACCUCAUGUCAUUACAGUGACUGCUGGAGAGGAUAUUGGCCAGAAAAUUAUGUCGUUUAUGCAACAAAGCAAGCUAGAGAUGUGUGUCCUCUCAGCAUCUGGUUCGAUUUCUAAUGCAUCUUUAAGCCAGCCAGCCACAUCCGGGGGAAAUAUUGCUUAUGAGGGUCGUUUUGAGAUCCUAUCACUCUGUGGAUCAUAUGUACAUACUGAUUUUGGUGGCAGCACGGGUGGAUUAAGUGUGUGUUUAUCUAGUCAAGACGGGCAUAUUAUAGGCGGCAGCAUCGAUGGGCCGCUUAUAGCCGCGGGCCCGGUGCAGGUAAUUGUUGGCACCUUUGCUAUUGAGGGUAAGAAAGAAGCUGCUACAGUUAUAAAAGGUGAUGCUUCUACCAAGUUGCCACCACAGAAUGUCGGGCCGCCACCGGUUCCGAACCUUGGCUUCCUAUCGCCGCCAGAGUCUUCCGGAAGAAACGUGGUGGUUGGUGGUGGUGAUGAGCAGCAAAGUAUUGAUGGGUACCAGUUCAUGAUUGCCAAUAGGAGUUUGCCUGUAGGUGAUUGGAGGAAUAACAAUGAUUCAAGGAACACUGGUGGUUAUGAUUUCUCAGCCCCAUGGCUCACGGGAACUUUUGGUUUUGCAGGAAGGGUGAACCAUGGGGCGCAUCAGUCUCCAAAGAAUGGGGAUUAUGAUCGGUUCCAAGACUGAAGCUUUUGGGGGAGUAUGAUUAGGGUUUAACCGGUUCUGGUUGGAAGUUGUACAGUUAACCCAAAAACAUACUUGUCGAAUAUGUUUUGAUGUGUACUUGUAGCGGUUUAGCAUAUGCUUUACUUGAACUUGUUUUGUUUUGUUGGAUUAACUAAUGUACCUAAAUCAUGUUUAAAGUAUGCAUUUUUUUCUUCCUAU